AUGAUUGCAAACUCGCCUUCCAAGAGUCGUACUUCGUCGGUUUCCUCCUACAGCGGGCCCACCCAGCCUAUUCCCAAAAAAUCGCUUCAAAUCAGAACUGAUAAGCCUAGACCUCAUGUCUGCGCCAUCUGUACUCGUGGUUUCGCCCGCUUGGAACACUUAAAACGUCAUGAGCGUUCCCAUACAAACGAAAAGCCUUUCCAGUGUGCUGCCUGUGGCCGUUGCUUUGCAAGGCGUGAUUUGGUGCUUCGCCAUCAGCAGAAACUUCAUUCUCAGGUGGGUAGAAGAAGCCUGCUUCCAAAUGUCCCUACGUCGGCUCCUGGCGCCAUGAAUGGCCAAGCUGGCGCUGGCUCGGAAUCCGCUACUUCCACUCCUUCUAAUGAACACAUCAUUGUUUUGCAGAACAAUACCGAUGCUAAGGCUCCUUUACCCGAUAGUCGGGCUCUGUCGCCUUCUGGCUUACACGUUCUGAACCUGGCCAACCUGUCGCCUGCUAGAAACAUAGGAGCUUCUCCGUCGCCAGCAAACAACGUUUCCUUCAGAUCGGCCCUGUUUGCCUAUGGAAACUAUGACAAUGCCAAUGGGGCUCUGAAACACAAUAUGCCGUCGCCCAACACCAACCUGAGUCUCAACACCCCGUUGGCUAAUUUGGGCACUACUACUCAGUUACAGCUCAGAAGGGCAUCUCAUGCUGUGGAUCCUGCUCAACCCAACAUUACUCAACAGCCAUCUCCCGUCACUGGCGAUUCUCCCGACUUGAAGGACAAGAAGGCUAAUAUGAACUGGGGUGAUGAUAUUGGAAAGAUGAACUACAAACAGUUUAGCCACCUUCAGCAUUUGGAACAGCAGCAUCAACUGCAAUACAGACACACGUCUUUUUCCGCAGUUUCAGGUGCUUCCUAUACCAACUUGAAGGACGCCCUCGCGAUUCAGAGUCACCAAAUUCCGGAUGUACCCCAACAAGUGGGAUUCUCAACUCCUCAACACACCAUUGCAGAGAUGGAUUCCAAGGGUCUCUCAACGGCUGAAUAUGGUAAUUUCGCUGACUGGUACGGUGACAAUAGCGAUAAAGGUGAUUUUAUGGACCUCGCGGACGAGUUAAGUUUGCCACAACACUCUUACCCAUCAAGACUGAAUAGUGCUUCUUCCAACCAGCCUUCGGCAGGCCGUCAAGGCUUUCAAUCGCGUUUGAACACUAUCCCAUCUGAGUCUCAGUUGGCGGGUAACAAUGACAUGCUUGAUAUGGCCUUCUACUCUAACCAGAUCCAUCAGUUCAACAGUCCAAGCCAUCCUCACUACAUCAAAGACAACACGCUCUUGAAUCUUGGUGUUCCAACUAACUUAGAAGGCCUGCAAGAUUUUCUUAGCUUGCCAACUAGUGAUACUCCUCUUGAUACUCAAGCUCAGAGCACUGCUAACGUCCCAUCCCAAACUUUGGCUUCUCAGAUGACGAACUCGCAAGAUGCGAAUAAUUCGACUGCUGGUACUACCAAGCCAAAGCCUAGGACUUCGCGUCAACCUCUGAUAAAGAAGCACAAAUCUUCGUCGGUUUCUUUGGACAAGGAGUUCAAGAGGGCGAAGUUGGGAUUCGUGAAUGAUACCGAGAACCUUGACUGGGUUAACGAGAUCAUGGCUGUUCCUGUUGCUAGCGAGUUUCCUAAGGCUUCUCAUGAUACUGGUUUUAUGGGAAUGCCUUACCUUAACGCUGAUCGUCUGCCUGAUGAAGUUCUUACGCUUUUCAAGCACAGACAAGAUGACUUGGUGAAGCAAAGAAGUCUUGUGAAUACAGCUGAUGCGAUUGAUACUCCAGGUAGACGUCCAAGUCAGCCCCUUUCAAGACAGCCAUCGAAAGUUCAGUUCACGAUAGGCGAUGGCCAUCAGUCCAGCUGUGUUACCAAGGAGCUCAGGAAUAGAAUUGUCACCAUCAGUAACAUGUCUGAUUCUCAGUUCCCACCUUUGGAGGACUUGAACACAUACAUGUCUCUCUAUGAGAGCGAGUUCAACAUCUACUUUCCUUUCAUCCACAUGCCAUCAUUGAGAAAUCCAAUGGUGGACAACUAUGAGAACAUCCCGUUGAUCCUUUCGAUGUGUGCUAUUGGAGCACUUUAUUCUUACCACGACUCGAACACUUUGCUUUUAUUCAAUUUGUCGAAAUUUCAUAUUCACAAUUUCUUCGAAAAGGAAGUUACAGCGGAUAAGUUGAACCAAAGAAAAGUCCCAUUGAUGGCUCACCAGUCUCUUGUGCUACACAUAUUCAUUUCCAUGUUCCUCAACGAGCCUAACAUGUUGGAAAUUACGACGAAGCAAAUGAACUCCAUGGUUGGUUUGAUCAGAUCUACCAAUUUCCACAGGCCACUUGACCAAUUCUUGAUUCCACCACCACCUAUCAAGAAUGAGACUGAGCUCGGUAUCAUUCAAAACAACUACGACUACUUUAUUAUGGCACAGACGAGAAUUAGAACGAUUCUUUGCUUUUACGAGCUUGAAGUCGUCCGCUCUUGUCUCUUGGGCUCUUCGAUGCCAAUGAGCGGUGCUGAAAUUUUGAGUGGUACUCCAUGUCGUGACGAGAAGCUCUACACUGCUGACAACUCUCGUGACUGGUACUAUCAGUACAGAAAGGCAGACAAUAAGGAUCUUGUGAGCAUCACGAACAACGAAGGCCUUAAUGAUUUGUUUGAUAAGUUGAAGAAUCAGUUCCCUCUUGAUCUGUUGUUGCCAUUCAACACAUUGUUGGUCCUUUUGAUGUACAUUCACGAGACAAUCUCGAAGGAGUGGAAAAAGUACGAAGGUAUUACCAGCCUGUUUAAGUGGAGAACGGAAAGUAAGCCUAUGCUUGAAAGGCUUAUCAGCUCUUGGGAAGUCCUCUUCGCUAAGAAUGGUGGCUUUUUCAAGAUCAAUAAGCACAAUGCUCACAUUCUCAAUGCCCACAAAGAUCUCCAAAUGAUACUUCCACUUCUUCAGCUCGCCAAGAUGCGUUUGUGUGUCAACAUCACUCCAGUAACAGAAAAAGUACUUCAUAAAGACUGGAGCCAGAUGUCCACACUUCUUAAUGACUUUGAAAAUGACCCCGAGGCAUUGAAGACUGCGGCCUCGCAUGCUACAGAAAUUUUGAGGGUCUGGACCCAUAACAUUGAACUGCUUAAUGACUCCAAGCAGGUUUCAGUGAGGACCCCAGUCUUCUUUGUGACUUGUAUUUUUGCUGCUAUUUUGGUGUUACAAAAAGCAUUGCACGCGUUGGAGAACCAGAAAACUUUGAGCGUUCAAGACAGAGUUUUCUGGCUCGAAGCCGAAGCAUUGCUCACUAACAUCGAGAAGACCCUUUCACCUAACGAAGAUUCCAACUCGUACUCUGAGUUCUUGCGCAAACUGUCGCAAGGAGUUUUCGACUUUGUCUUGAGCCCCUCCUUCAGAACCAACAUUGAAAGUGUUAUUGCUCAUGCUAAUAUGAAUGAGGAGACUCAGUUCGACAAUGCUAUCGGAAACUGCAAGCUUUCAGUCCAGGCGCUUGGGCUUGGUGUCCGUAUCUUAGCUGAUGCACCUCUUUGGCCAUUGGCUAUGGGCAAAGCUUCCUACUUUUUAAAAAUCAAUAUGACAGCUGAAAAAGGACAAGGUCGUCAGCUUUUCGAAAAGAUCGGUAGCCCGAAAACCAUCGUGGCUCCCAUGGUGGACCACUCAGAGCUAGCGUGGAGAAUCUUAUCACGCAGAUACGGCGCUGAGCUCUGUUACACGCCCAUGUUCCAUGCUAGGCUCUUUGCUACGGAUGAAAAGUACAGAAACAAGAUGUUCUGUGAGAUGGACGGUGACGAAGAGAAGGAUAGACCGUUGGUAGUGCAGUUCUGUGCCAAUGAUCCAGAGUACCUACUCCAAGCGGCACAGUUAGUGGAAACACGAUGUGAUGCUGUUGAUCUCAACUUGGGAUGUCCUCAAGGUAUUGCUAGGAAGGGUAACUAUGGUGCUUUUCUUAUGGACGACUGGGACUUGGUGUACAAGUUGAUCAACAAGCUUCAUAAGAACCUUAAGUGUGCUGUGACAGCCAAGAUUAGGGUCUACGACGACUGGGAGAAGAGUCUCGAAUAUGCUAAAAUGGUGAUUGCUGCAGGCGCUCAGUUCAUCACAAUUCAUGGCCGUACAAGAGAUAUGAAGGGCCAGAAGACUGGCCUUGCUAACUGGGACAUCUUGCGAUACUUGAGAGAUAACCUUCCAGAGGACCAGGUGUUUUUCGCCAACGGUAACAUUCUUUACCCUAUGGAUCUAGAACGUUGUACAGAUCAAGUGGAUUGUGACGCUGUCAUGUCUGCCGAGGGAAACUUGUACAAUCCAGGUGUGUUUUGGACCAAGAAUAACGAUAAGGAGAAGCAGUUCCCUCGUGUUGACAAACUCUUGCGUGAGUAUUUUGAAAUUGUCAAGGAAUGCCCUGGCGAAGCUUCCAGAGUGGCCAUGAAGUCCCACUUUUUCAAACUCAUGUAUGAGUUUCUUAAUGUGCACAGGGAAUUAAGACCUAUCAUUGGAAAAACCAGUGUCAGUGCAUCUUUUGAUGAAUGGGAAAAGAUUGUGAAGCAGGUGGAGGAUAUCGUUGCAAAAAUCUACGAAAAAGACGAUAUUGAAGAGCUAGACAAGAUUGUUGACGGUCCUACUGAAUCUUGGGGCGGUCACUACAAAAAGGUGCCUUACUGGAGGUGCCAGCCUUACUUCCGUACUGUGGACGGACAAAAACAGAAUAUGAGAGAACUUGAGGUUGCUGCUAUAAACAAGAGAAAGAACGAUUUCACUGAAGAAGAUAGAAAGAAGGCUAAAGUGGUAUCAGGUUAA